AUGCAACGUUCUUCAAGCAUUCGAUUUGUUGGUGGUGGCGCUGCUGCUGCUGCUGCUGUUGUUAUGAUUAGAGCAGCUGCAACUUCAGUCUGUUCAACUACUUCAUCACAUGGCUCUUGCGGUGUGCGUCAUUACUACAAGCCAACAGGGCGUCUCUUGCGCCCCCGCAAACUUUCACAGGCAAAGCAGACACCACUUUACCCAGGUAUGUAUAAGCAGGUGAAAAAAUUUGAUGGUGAGUAUACCUACAAUCACGGAAGCCACACCUUUGCAAUCAUACGUGAAGGAUCUAUCUUUGCUAUUUUGCCUAUUGGUUGUCUCAUUGCAUAUAUCGCCUCUUAUUUCCCUCAAUUUGCGGCUAUUCCUUUAGAAUUCCAGGGUUUAUAUUUCUUAUUUCUUCUUGCUUAUUCCCGCUGGUCUGCGCGUGGUCGGCGGAACCGUGAAGUAAAAGAUUUGACCGAUCGACAUGUAGUGAUAACGGGUGGGACGAGUGGCAUUGGACGUGAAACGGCCGCACAACUGGCCGCAAUGGGAGCCAACGUGACAGUGUUGUCGCGUAAUGGACCACAUGUGGAUACAGCUAUGAAGUAUAUUAGGAAAUUUGCACGAAAUGAGACACAGGAGAUUCAAUUCACCGCAUUAGACCUCGCAGACUUUAUUGCCGUACGAGAUUACUGUAAACGUGCACGACAUAAUAAGAUGAUAAUAGAUAUUCUAGUGAAUAAUGCUGGAUUGAUGGAACCGAAACAAGUAAUGACCCGCUUUGGUGAUGAUGAACAGCUUGCUGUAAAUCUAUUAGGCCCUUUUCUUCUUACAGAAGGGUUAUUACCACUUGUAGCGGAAAGUAAAGGACGUGUGGUGUAUGUUUCCUGUUCUGCACACGUUGCGGUGAAGGGGAAUAUUGUCGCAACUUAUCUUUCUGGUCGCGGGUUGUGGUCACCUCGUGUGCGGGAUAAGUUUGAUGGACUAGAACAGUAUGGAUUCACAAAGCUUGGUUGUAUUUACCACGCACAGAAUCUGGCAGCUCGUUCAUAUGUUCAUAUAUCUCCUUCAUCAUUCCCUUUUAAUUCACCUACACCUGCAGAGGCUGUGAAACAUAUUACUUCUCCCCAUAUUGGUAAUACUAGUACAACUAGUUUCACUAUUCAUAAUAAUAAUAAUAGUCCUAAUAAUAAUAGUGGUAGUAGUAAUAAUAAUAAUAAUAAUAAUAAUAAUAAUAAUAAUAAUAAUAAUUCACCGCAGUAUACCAGCUGUGUCGCAGUUCCUAGUGCUGUCGUGACCAAUCUUUAUCGUCAUGUUCCACUGGCUGCCACAUUCCGCUGGGGACGUUAUUUUUAUCUACUCGUUAUGCGUACACCGUAUGAAGGGAGUCAGGUGGUGGUGAACUGUUGUGUGCGGGAAGAACUUGUGAAUGGUGGAUAUUACCAGAACUGUCGAUAUAGUCCCUCUGGUCUUUCCUCUGCGGCGUGUAAUGUGGAGGAACGCAAUAGUGUGUUGGCCUGGGUGCGAAAGAAGAUGCAACCGUACAUGCGGUGGGAUGUCUAA